GAAGUGUACGCGCUUAAUUCCGUCCGUGCGGAAGAAAUGUCUUGAUAAUGUUGGUCGGAUAUUUGACUAAAGCCUAUGAAACUAAACAAGCUCUGUUUGCGGCGUUAUUGUGUAUUAGCCUUGGUCAUCGUUGCAGCUGUAACAUGGACCACCUCCUUUAAGAAGUCUGAAGAGUCGUCAAGUGCCACAGCAGCCGCAGGAUCAAUGCCUGACCAAACUCUGGACUACUUCCUGAAGAAGGGCACUUUAAAGGACCACAAUGCUGCCGAGAUCCAGUGGUAUCAUGCAGCCAACAGCAAGGACAAGAUCACUGAAGCUCUACAAGAUAGCACACAGAUGAUUGAAGCUGACGUACUUCUCCGGGGUCGUGACCCAAAGGAACCCAUAAUGGCACAUCCGCCUGAUAAUGACAGUGACAUCACGCUGCAAGACUGGCUGGAGAUGGUGGUGAACUCCGAAAAAGGGAUCAAACUGGACUUUAAAAGCCUAGAAGCAGUGCUGGAGUCCAUGGCACUUCUGGACAAGGUUCGAGAUCAGCUGAAGGGGCCCGUGUGGAUCAAUGCAGACAUCCUGCCAGGGCCUGGAGGCAUGGCCACACCUUUAGAUGCUCAGGCCUUUUUACAAGCAGUGGCUAUGAAAGCAGAGAGAGAUGUGCUUUCUUUGGGCUGGACCACAGGAUGGUCUCCAAAUACAGACAAUCCAGGUUACAGCUGGGAGAUGGUCCGGCAAAUGGAGGCGGUGUGUAAGAACCUGACGCAGCCUGUGACCUUUCCAGUGCGAGCAGCUCUUUUACCCCAGUCCUUCGCUCAAUUCCAGUGGCUCUUGCAGCAGUCGGACAGAUACACACUGACCAUAUGGACAGGCCAGAGUGAUGUGCUGAAUGUGGAGGAUUUGUUACCCUACAGGCAAAACUUCAGCAAGUCCAGAAUCUACUACGAUCUCUUAGAGAAUCAGAUUACAAAGUUUAAAAGCUUACCUGGGUACACCGUGUCACAAUAAGUAUUUCAUUCCAGUAUUGUCCAGUAAACUGGGUACAGGACAUAAGGUGUUGAAGCCAAAAUCAAACACUAUUACAUAAACCAUGAAGUCAAUAAAUUAAUGCAUUUUUUUAAUGUUUGAACGCACCAUACAAUGAUGGCACAUCUACAAGACAGACUUGUGCUGUUAAGUGUAAUGAAAUGUAUAUUGAAAUGUUCUAGAAUUUUCUUUAUUUUUUGGCUGUUCUUUUUCUCCUGGACUGUUUAACAGUGAACAUCAAACAAAUAUUUUGUCCAGUGUUUGAUUAUCCAGAAUAAAUAUUCACACACCA